AUCUACACUUACUACUACUUCUCUCUACUUUCUCUCUCUAUACACUUCUUCUCUUCUCUUAUUUCGGACGAGGAGGGGCGCCUACCCUUUCAAGGUCAUGGCUAACACCCCAAACCCCUUGGACCCGAGUGACGCCCAGACGCCCAGUCGCCCGGGCUCAAACAGGAUUAAACUUUAUCAUUAUUUUUUGGUAAUAAUUAUCAAUUAGUUUUGUAACAUGUCAACCCUUUAUGACAAAGAUAUUGUAAGAUUUGAAUCUAUUAGAUAUGGUUUUACUUUUUGGAUGCGUAUCAUGGUGAGGCUUUUGGAGGUCACUUAUCCUUGCACUACUCCACAAUGAGCAUGUUUAAUUUUGGAGUUCGUGCAAAAACUCUUCUAUUCCACACCAAAAAUACGUUUUGUUAGUAAAGCUGGGAUGUUCCUUGUGAAUUAUAUAUCCCUAUCAUGUUUUUUUAAUGUGAGAUUUGUCUAACGUGUUACUACAUACACCCUCCCGACCUCCCCUACCCUUCCUUGCACUGCUCUAAACUCAACACAUUAAUCUUGAAGAUAUUACAAGGAUUCUUUCAUUUAAACUCAAAACUCGUGUUGUCAAUUAAGGUUUGAUGUUUCUUAUGAAUCGUAGAUCCCUCUCGUGAUUUAUCGAUAUGGGAUUUGACCAUGGGCAAAAUCAAGGGCUAGUCUCCAACAUUGUAGUAUUGUCAUACAAAAACCCAUUAAAUUCACAUCGCAACUCAUAUAAUACAACUAAACACUCACAUUCUUCAUUCCUCAAAUUGAUAAGUUCGAUAAUCCAUACGGGGUAAAAUUUUAGUUGUGUAUCAUAUAGUUUACUAGAGUUCACGAAUCACGAUAAUGAAAACUGCUUAAAAAAAAUUAUAAUAGAAUGACUAUUUGUUUGAUUAAUAAUUAACCAACAUAAGCUAAUUCGUAUAAGAAUUUCAUGUUGCACAAACCAAACAUGAGUGACCGAUUAAUAUGCAACGUAGUUAAGUGUUAAACCAUAGAUGAGCCCGCCAAGUUCCGACUAGAAACACAUUCGAAGUGAAGGGGAAAAAAGAAGGCCGCCGAACCUUCGCCUUUUGGCUCUCGCCGAAGCGCUCUAAUCUCCCAUCUUCCCCAGCAGCCUGCUGUUUACAUCAUCCCGUCGUCUCUCUCUCCGUCGCUCACUCAAAAGCAGGCAAGUUCUCUCUGCUGUUUCUUUACCUUCGUGCUCCUUCUCUCUGUGUCUGCUUUCCCUGAUCGCUUCUGAACAUAAACGGUGCUCUUACGGCUUCUGUUGAUUUUACCUGAUUCACGGUGUCCCCGAACCGCCAUACUGAUGCCUUUUCUGGUUUUCGUUCUAAAGUUUCUUUCUUUACAUGUUAAUUGGUCUCUUUUCUGCUUUCGACUCGUUAAGUUAUUCUAGGGUUUUGAAAUUUGUGGAAUGAACAAGCCGAAUUAGAUUAGAACGUGAGGAUUUGGGGAAGACGGUUGUGAGAUGUUCCUGAUUUGGAUGGUUGGGGCAUUCUGAUUGACUGGCUGGAACUUGGUGAUUCUUGUUUAAGAGGGUUUUUCUUUUCUCAGCAGAAAGCUUAGUUCUUUGAUGUGGGUUUAUAGUAUUAGGGAUCAGAAAGCACGCUCCAUUGUUGCUGUUAGAGGUUCCUAUGUCGCAGAUACUUUUUAGUUUUGGUAAUGUCAUUGCAAGUUUGCAACUUCCUCUCAUUUUCCGACUUAGGAAUCGACAGAUUGAUGCCAUGCCUCAGUAUUUUAGUUCAUCCAUAUCUGUUCCUGAUGACUCAGGUGUCAUCACUCAAUCAGAUACUUGUUUUCCAAGGUUAUUUUUGCUGUAGUGUUUCUUCAAAUUAUACUGGUCCAUGAAAGCAGUAGUCUUUUUUUAUUUUAUUAUUAUCAUGGGUUUAUGCACUCCUUGUGGGUUGCAUUCUUAUUGGUAUAUAUGCAGUCCUUGUGGGUUGGAUGUCUGUGUCAUAAUCUUAAGAGUCUCUGGUUUCAUAAUGAGUUCUGAUAGAUAAAUAGACUUGAUGGAACUUUAGUUUCGAGGUCUAGUGAACUGCGAAUUGUAAUCGUGGCUGGUAAAACGUACUCCCCCUGGUCUGUCUCUCAACUUUCUGCUUGUGGAGGAGAUACCCGUACUAGUACGAGAGUUCUUGGUUUUCUCUAGGAACUCAUAGACAAUCAAAGCAGGACUGCAAACUGGUUGCAGGCAGAGUAAAGUUGUUACAUUUCACACACAACUCUGUGUUUACACUUAAACGUUCUUGUUUGCUUUAUCAUUUUGCGUUCUUCCCAUGUUAGACGGAAAAAGAACUCAGUUUCGUGUUGGCUUACCGCCUUAUUUUAACAUCCCUUCAUUGUUCUUGAACUCCCUUGUGCGUAUAUCAGGUUAUCGACUCAAAGUUCUCCAGUUGCCAACAAUGGCUGGGCUUCCAUUGCAGAACUCUGCCCCUGCCCUGGCUUUGUCAGGUUCAAUGCAAGUUGUCGAACCUACGAAGCCCGUUCCAGAGUCCAAGCCAAAGAAGAGGAUCUGCUGUGCUUGCCCGGAGACCAAGAGGCUGCGAGAUGAAUGCAUGGUGGAGCACGGUGAGUCAGGUUGUGCAAAAUGGAUCGAGGCGCAUCGUUUGUGCCUUCGUGCCGAGGGCUUCAACGUUUGAAGUCCACCUAGCGAUCAUUGAUUAUACAACUAAUGAUUUCCCCCCCCCCCCCCCCCCCCCCCCCCCCCCCCCCCCCCCCCCCCCGUAAUGAACAGUAAAACCUCGGUCUUCAGUAAGUUUUGGCGGCUUGUGCUUUAAUAAUUCGCAUUGGGGCCAAUUUCCACACUCAAUUUCCACAUCCGAACCACCUUGUUAAUGGAAUUGGGCAAUGAAUGGCCAUCAAAGAAGAAAACUUUUUUUUGAGU